GAUCAAGAUGCGUCCCGUCUUCGGUCUCCGUAUAGAAAUCGUAGCAGACGAGGGCACUUGAUUAGUUGACCGACACCUGCCCCGAUAUAACAUAUACGCACGAGACUUCUUCUUCCAUUUCAGCGGAUGUUCUCGGGGGACUCUUAGAGGGAGCAUCGCUGUUAUUACACCCGGGGGGAAAAAUAAUUAAUGCUUUUCCCUUGAAACAGAUUGGUAACCAGAUCCUAGUAAGUUACUGUUUUUGUCACCGCAUGAGUUCCUUUUUAGGACGCGUGCUUGAGCUCGUUUAAGGUUUGAACCCAAAAUUUUUUUUGAGCUUUUUUUGCUAACCAUAUCAAGGCAAGUUGCCAAGUUACCAAAAGGCUCGCAUAUUAUAAACUCCGCAUACAUACCCACCAAGAGAGAGAGAGAGAGAGAGAGAAGAGAGAGGGAGGGAGAGACGCCAUCCCUGCAUGAACGCCGCCAUGCUCGCGUUUCUCCGGCGGCGUCGCCCCGCCCUUCCCCUCCUCCUCCUCUUCGCACUCGCGACCGUCUCUCGUUCUCAAUCCUGGCCUCCGGACUACGGCGAAGCGCUCGCGAAGAGCCUCCUCUACUUCGAGUCGCCGCGCUCCGGGCGUCUGCCGCACAACCAGCGCGUCGCCUGGCGCGGCCACUCCGGCCUCACCGAUGGCCUCGAGCAAGGGGUGGACCUGGUCGGAGGAUACUACGACGCCGGCGACAACGUCAAGUUCGGCCUCCCAAUGGCGUUCACCAUCACAAUGCUGUCGUGGGGGGUGAUCGAGUACGGCGAACAGAUCGCCGGCGCCGGCGAGCUGGCGCACGCGCUCGAGGCCAUCAAAUGGGGCACCGAUUACUUCAUCAAAGCUCACACCCACCCCAACGUCCUCUGGGCUCAGGUAUCAUAUAUUUUGUCUCCCCCAUUUGUUUUCAUAAUUUUCUUCUCUCUUCUUUUUUUUCGAUAAAUUGUCGCAGCUUUCCAAUGAAAAGCCUGGCUCUCUCUUGCUACUCGUGGCUAUCUUCUUCUUUUUCACUGAAACCGAAACAAACGAGCGAGCCAUAGAGAGAGAGCUAUGAAGGAGAAGAAGCCAUGCGAGCUCUGCAAUAGUCUAGCUACCAUGUACUGUGAGUUGGACCAAGCGAACCUGUGCUGAGAUUGCGAUUCCAAAGUCCACGGCACGAACUUCCAUGUCGCCAAGCACUUGAGGAAUCUCCUCUGCCGCUCGUUCCAGAGCCCCACGCUAUGGAACGCGUCGGGGCCGAGGCUCACACCGACAGUAAAUGUCCACUCUGGACCUACGAAGAACAGAAAGCCCAUCUUCAAUUUUGCCUCUGUCCUUCCAUUUACUCUUCUCUUGAUUGUAAUUCCUCACUUCAUUAUCGUCGUAAUCCUCUUCUUCUUCAUUUUCGUCUUCAUUUUUGCUAUCCAUGUUGAUGAGGAGGUCCAAGAGGAACCGCAGCCAUCGAAUUUGGUGGUAGUCCAAGGACUGGGUCGAGCUUGCUAGGAUUCGGGUUUAGAGGUUGGGUUCGAAGGUUUUCGAUAUUGUGAGCUCGUUCAUUGGUCCUAGCUCCGCGAGGGGAUGAUUGUUUUGGUUGCCUGUCACUUCGGCGGCAAUGGCACUGUGAUAGUUGUAUGUGUGAUUUUGUUUGCUAUGGCCGAGGCAUUGAGAAAGUUGAUGGUUUGAUGCUUGUUGUCUAGUUUGGGUCCCUGAUCAAUUCAAAUCACGGGUUUACUUCA